GGAGAGCGGGCGGACUGGAGUCGGUCCGAGUUGGCCGAAGCUGUUGCCAUGACAAGCAUUUUCUUCAGAAAGCUCUGCUGUUGAGACCAUCCAAGCUGGGGAUCGAAGGGGAAGGCACGAACUUCCUGGGGAACCAUCCUUCCGAGGAAAGCAGGACCGGAGGCACCCGCCCAGCUCCCCCGCAGCAUUUGCUUCCAGGAACCUGAGGUCCUUCCCCGCGGGAGGGCCGGCGGCGGAGACCGGCCCGCUCCCUGGCCGCGGCCAAAAGAAGGCGAGAGCGCCAGCCGGCAUCUCUAGCGUGGCUGCUCGUUGGGGAGACCAGGGGUCACCCCCUCCCUGCCCUGUCCAUGGAAACCCGGAGGGAGAGCCCUGCUUGCAGAAGCCUGGAUCUUUGCUAGAAAGAAAGAGAGAGAUCCAGUCAUCAUUGGUAUCCAGGGAGCCCUCCUCCUUCUCCUGCUGCCUCUCUACCAUCGCAGUUCCUGGUUGUUGCUAAGGUUGCCUCCAUGGUAACAUGCGCAUGCUGUUUACACUUCCAUCUGGGCAAGCUGGUCUAAGCUAGGAACCUACCUACCCUGGACAACCACUUCUGUCGCCACCUGGGGGCACCAGUCAUCGUGACACGUGGUCCGGCUUCCACUCAGUUCCCCCAUACUCUUCCUCUUCUUGCUGCCAAGCUUCCUAAGGGAAAAGGAUCUUGGCUAGAAGCUCUGAAGCUUAUUGCACAAGACAGAGUCAAUCAGUUUCCUAACUGGGCUCCCACAGAAGCAAGAAACAGGAAGUAGGCAGAGAAGCAAGAGACCCUGAUCAGUUGGAGGAGAACUCCACAUUUUCUCUGACUGAGGGUGACUGAAGGGCUUGGUAACAGCAGGCAAAAUGACAAACCCUACAGAACAUGCCUUGCCGGCCAACUCGACGGUUGAGAGCCAUGAAGGGGAAUUUGGCUGCACAGUAAUGGACCUAAGGAAGCUCAUGGAGCUGCGUUCAUCGGAGGCUCUGACCCACAUCAAUGCCCACUAUGGAGGUGUAAUGAGUCUCUGCAGUAAACUGAAAACCAACCCUGUGGAAGGUCUAUCUGGGAACCCAGCAGAUCUGGAAAAACGUAAACAAGUAUUUGGACAGAACUUAAUCCCCCCAAAAAAGCCCAAGACCUUCUUAGAAUUAGUGUGGGAAGCCCUUCAAGAUGUCACCCUCAUCAUCCUGGAGAUCGCAGCCAUCAUCUCCCUGGUUCUGUCCUUCUAUCGCCCCCAUGGUGAAGAAAAUGAACAGUGUGGUCUACCUAUCAAUAGCCCAGAGGAUGAAGGGGAGUCAGAAGCUGGCUGGAUCGAGGGGGCAGCCAUUCUGUUCUCGGUGAUCAUCGUGGUGCUAGUAACGGCCUUCAAUGAUUGGAGCAAAGAGAAGCAGUUCCGAGGGCUGCAGAACCGCAUUGAAAAGGAACAGAAAUUCUCCGUUAUUCGAAAUGGUCACAUCAUCCAGCUCCCUGUGGCUGAAAUCGUGGUGGGUGAUAUCGCCCAAAUCAAAUACGGUGACCUGCUGCCUGCAGAUGGGAUCCUGAUCCAGGGGAAUGAUCUCAAGAUCGACGAGAGCUCUCUAACUGGGGAAUCGGACCAUGUCAAGAAAUCCUUAGAAAGAGACCCCAUGUUGCUCUCAGGGACCCAUGUCAUGGAAGGUUCUGGCCGGAUGUUAGUGACUGCUGUGGGUGUCAACUCCCAGACUGGAAUCAUCUUUACUCUCUUGGGGGCCAGUGAGGGAGAAGAGGAGGAGAAGAAGAAGAAAGGUAAAAAACAAGGAGUCCCCGAAAAUCGCAACAAAGCCAAGACUCAGGAUGGAGUGGCCCUGGAAAUCCAGCCACUCAACAGCCAGGAAGGCAUCGACAAUGAGGAGAAGGAGAAGAAGGUGGUCAAGCUGCCCAAGAAGGAGAAGUCGGUGCUGCAGGGCAAGCUGACGCGCUUGGCUGUUCAGAUCGGGAAAGCUGGUCUGAUCAUGUCUGCUAUCACCGUUCUCAUCCUGAUUCUGUACUUUGUGAUCGACAACUUCGUGAUACAGCGCAAGCCAUGGCUAGCCGAGUGCACCCCCAUCUACAUCCAGUACUUUGUCAAGUUCUUCAUCAUCGGUAUCACUGUCCUGGUGGUGGCUGUGCCCGAGGGGCUGCCACUGGCUGUCACCAUCUCACUGGCCUACUCUGUGAAGAAAAUGAUGAAGGACAAUAACCUGGUGCGGCACCUGGAUGCCUGUGAGACGAUGGGCAAUGCCACAGCCAUCUGCUCUGACAAGACAGGCACGCUGACCAUGAACCGCAUGACCGUGGUACAAGCUUAUGUCGGAAACACCCAUUACCGUCAGGUCCCGAGCCCCGACGCCUUCGUGCCUAAGGUCCUGGACCUUCUUGUCAAUGGCAUUUCUAUCAACAGUGCCUACACCUCCAAGAUCCUGCCUCCGGAGAAGGAGGGGGGCCUGCCGCGGCAGGUGGGCAACAAGACGGAGUGCUCGCUGCUGGGCUUUGUCAUCGACCUGAAGCAGGACUACCACGCCGUGCGCAGUGAGGUGCCCGAGGAGAAGCUCUACAAGGUGUACACCUUCAACUCGGUGCGCAAGUCCAUGAGCACGGUCAUCCAGAAGCCCGGCGGCGGCUACCGCAUGUACAGCAAGGGCGCCUCCGAGAUCAUUCUGCGCAAGUGUAAUCGCAUCCUGGACAAGAACGGAGAAGCAGUGCCAUUCAAGAAUAAGGACCGAGAUGAGAUAGUGCGCACGGUCAUCGAGCCCAUGGCCAGUGAGGGACUCCGGACCAUCUGCUUGGCUUAUCGAGAUUUCAAUGACGCAGAGCCCCCGUGGGACAAUGAGAGCGAAAUCCUCACUGAACUGACCUGCAUCGCAGUGGUGGGCAUCGAGGACCCUGUGCGCCCAGAGGUCCCAGACGCUAUUGCCAAAUGCAAACGAGCUGGCAUCACUGUCAGAAUGGUGACGGGAGACAACGUCAACACCGCCCGGGCCAUUGCCACCAAGUGUGGCAUCAUCACGCCUGGGGACGAAUUCCUGUGCUUGGAAGGGAAGGAGUUCAACCGGCUCAUCCGCAACGAGAAGGGCGAGGUAGAGCAAGAAAAGCUGGACAAAGUCUGGCCUAAGCUUCGAGUCCUGGCGCGAUCUUCCCCCACGGACAAGCACACGCUGGUGAAAGGCAUCAUUGACAGCACGGUUGGGGACCAGCGACAGGUGGUGGCUGUCACAGGUGAUGGCACCAAUGACGGGCCGGCUCUGAAGAAAGCAGACGUGGGUUUUGCAAUGGGUAUUGCAGGCACAGAUGUGGCAAAGGAGGCCUCAGACAUCAUCCUGACAGAUGACAACUUUACCAGCAUUGUGAAGGCAGUGAUGUGGGGACGCAACGUCUACGACAGCAUCUCCAAGUUCUUGCAGUUCCAGCUCACCGUCAAUGUGGUGGCCGUGAUCGUGGCCUUCACCGGAGCCUGCAUCACUCAGGACUCCCCGUUGAAAGCUGUGCAGAUGCUGUGGGUGAAUCUAAUCAUGGACACGUUUGCCUCACUGGCCCUGGCCACAGAGCCCCCCACAGACUCUUUGUUGAAGCGUCGCCCCUAUGGCCGAAAUAAGCCUCUGAUCUCACGGACUAUGAUGAAGAACAUCUUGGGCCACGCCGUCUAUCAGCUCACAAUCAUCUUUUUCCUCGUCUUCGCCGGUGAGAAAUUCUUUGACAUUGAUAGUGGGAGGAACGCACCUCUACAUUCCCCACCCAGCCAGCACUACACCAUUAUUUUCAACACUUUUGUGCUGAUGCAGCUCUUCAAUGAGAUCAACUCACGCAAGAUCCACGGAGAGAGGAAUGUCUUUGCAGGCAUCUUCCGUAAUCUCAUCUUUUGUUCUGUGGUUAUGGGCACAUUCAUCAGCCAGAUUAUCAUCGUGGAAUUUGGGGGUAAACCUUUCAGCUGUACGAAGCUCAGCCUGUCCCAGUGGUUUUGGUGUCUCUUCAUUGGUAUUGGAGAACUGCUGUGGGGCCAGGUCAUCUCCACAAUACCUACCCAAUCCCUGAAGUUCCUGAAGGAGGCCGGGCAUGGCACUGCCAAAGAGGAGAUCACCAAGGAUGCAGAGGGGAUGGACGAAAUUGACCAUGCGGAGAUGGAGCUACGCCGAGGCCAGAUCCUCUGGUUUCGGGGUCUGAACCGUAUCCAGACUCAGAUCGACGUAAUUAACACAUUCCAGACGGGAGCCAAUUUUAAGGGAGUCCUAAAGCGACCGACCAUGGGUCAACACCUUGAUGUAAAACAUGUUCCUAGCUCAUCCUAUAUCAAAGUGGUCAAAGCAUUCCAUAGUUCCCUCCAUGAAAGCAUCCAGAAACCCAAGAACCAAAACUCCAUCCACAACUUCAUGACCCACCCUGAAUUCGCCAUAGAUGAGGAGGGGCCACGAACACCACUCCUGGAUGAGCAAGCGGAGGAAAGUUUUGCAAAGGUUCCUAAGCCUGGGACUAGGGUGCUGCUGUUGGAUGGUGAGGUCACUCCAUCCGCCAACACAAACAACAAUGCCGUGGAUUGCAGCCAGGUGCAAAUUGUUCCCUCCCACCCCGACAGCCCUCUACAUAGCCUGGAGACAUCAGUUUGAACGUCAUUCUCUGACUCCCAUUCUUGCUUUCCCUGUUUCUUGUUCAUCUCUCCCAUCUGUAAGAUGAUGAUGGGAAUUUUCACUGUCAUGUCAGCUGCUCCCAAGUAUGUGUGAGCCCCGCCUGACCACGAAGAGGCAAGAGAACAUACCUACAAGGAUUUCAACUUAAACUUGAGUUGGGGUUUGUAGCAGGACCCAGUGAAACCCCUGCCGGGUAAUGAAUAGUAGAACCUACUCCUUGAGUGUAUCAGUUGUCAUUUUUAAAGAAAUGAUAUGAUCUUCUUAGCAUUCAUUCCAACCCAAUUCUCCCCCAGUAUUCAUGCUUAUGUUGCCAUCUCCUGACUUCUGUGUCAUUUAUAACCUCAGUUGAGGGUUCAGCAAGACAAAUAUUCUCAAAUGCAAUGUGUGGGAAGCAGGAAUGGAAUGUAUGGAAUUAGCCUGUAGAGUGAUGGUUGUUAAAAUUGUUUUCCCAUUUUGAAAGCUUAUACCUAAAGCCCUCUAGCUCUUUCUACCCUUCCAGUCAAACUUCUCCACUCUCUUUAACUAUUGUCUUCCUUACCUACACUUUUUUUUUUUUUUUUUAAGUUGCAAUGAUUAAGAAAGUGGCAAGGACCUGACUGAAUUAAGUCAACUUUGACCAUUCUCCCUUCUGGCCCCUAUGGAACCAUUGAUUUCGUUCUAGGGGCACUCAGGUUUUCUUUGCUAAUAGGGUCUUCUGAAGCAACUGAGAGCUGGUAAGAAUGUGUUCUUGCUGUUAUCGGUUAUCUACUUCUAAACUUGUCAGGUAUGUGUGGUUUCUCCGUCCUAGGGAGAUCAACCUUGACCAUGAAGCUUGCAUAUGUGUGGUGUGUAGUUUUUACCGUAAGCCUGAGAUGUCUCUUAUUUCUAAAGUGGUGGUAAGUGAGUCUGUUGAGAAUGGCCCCGUCUCCAAACUGAACUUUGGUAUCGAGGACCAGGAGCUGGCCAACUCUUACGGGGUCCUGGGGUGACCACUGCUGCUUUCAAAGCCACCUGGCAAGGCUCUUCGAGGGCAGGACCUGGUUAUGGGGGGAGUGAGUGUUGAGAAGCCUUGGGAGAGGCCUAAGGGCCGUCUAGGACCUGAGCUUGGAUACCAGCUUUGAUAUUCCCUUCAGUUGUCUAACUCUAUUCUUUGCUGUGUUCCCUAACUUGUCCAGUCUCUGAAGAGGUCCCAACCUUUCUCAAAUACUUUGAUUUUGAAAUUAUGAAUCCAAAGUGGGAGGCUCCAGUGACACUUUGCUGACUUAAAGGAGCAAAAAAAAACCCACCCUGCAAAGCUCUCCUCCAUCUUCUCCUCCUUCCCCUCUUGUGCCCCACUCAAGCCCCUCUCCAGAGCGAGCUCACCUGCUACACAAUCAAGCCCUGUGCCUUCUUUCCCUGAACACUGCCCAAAGCAUCCCCUCUCACCUGCCUCUCAGGAGCUGGGGACUUUACUAGGAGACUUUCUAAGCGUUCCUUCAUGGGACAAGGUGGAGCCACAUUUGCAGCAGCUCCAUUUCUAUCUCCGUGCAGGGGGUUCUCUCAUGUCUGCCAAUUCCCUCCUCCCAUCGGAGAGCUGGGGAAGCCUGCCCCACUUUGCGGCGCGAUGGGAGAAGGGAGAAGGGCUUGAGGCUCUCGUGAACUGCCAGAUGUCCGUCUGUGAGCGGAAGGGCACCCGAACCUGUCUUCUCCAGCCUUUCCUUCUGGCUGCCACCCCCUCUCCCACUCUCACCUGAGCUGGCCGAGGCAGGAAGAGUAAAGAAGCAUGCUCCCUACACAUCCCCGUUAUUACAGAAUCGACCACGUUGGAUUUGGGUUUUGUAAAGGUGACCUGCGUCAGUGCCCUUUUCUCUGUCUGUCACAUGGGGGAGGAAAGACAGCUCACGCGAGGUGUCAGGUGUUCACGUGUCUAUUUAUUAAGUACAUUGGAAGAUUUCGUUCUGUCAAGUCUUUUAUUACCUCAGAUCAGUUUUAAAAAAAAAGAAAACAAGCCAAUAACAAACUUUGGAGGCUAUUUUACCAUUCCUGCUCCAAAAAGACUCUCAUGGUGCCCGACAGGUUACUCCUGAGAGCUAGUGUCUACUUUUCAAGUCAACGGUUUUUUGUGUAUUCUAGUUUCCACAGUAGGAGAGAAAAUAUAGAAAUAUUAUGCAAAAAAAAUAUAUAUAGUUUUCUUUAGAUCAGAAACGUAUUUUUUGAGUCAGCCAUAUGUAUUUUGUUUAAAGGAUGUAAAAUAAAGUGCUGUCAUGUAACCCUGUGGAGGGAGCACAUAACCAGCUGUUUCACAUGACAGGUGACUUCGUAUAUUUGUCAUUGGUUUUUAAACCAAUGCAGCGUAAUUCCUUUCUCCAAACAGCCAUCUUUAUACUUAGGGGGGGGGGAAACUUGUUGGGUUCUAGACUUUUUUAAUAUAAAUUUUGUUGCUACGGAACUGAGUAAGUUUUAAGUGUUUAUGUGCCUAUGUUUUUUAUAUAAGUUUUUUCCUAUUCCGUUUCAGCGAUCCAACUGGCAGUGAGUAAAUACGGCAUAAGUUAAAGCUUUUCCCAAAAACGGUGCUUUGGAUUUGAAAAGGGUCUGAUGGAGAGAAGGGGGAAAUAGUGUCCUAGAUUGCUCUCUUGAUAAAUCUAGGAAAAUGGGCGGUAGGCUGAUGGGAAGGAAAGCAUCCAGCAAGAAGUGGGGGCGGGGGGUGGCGGGCAGCAGCGAAUGAGCGUGGGCCCCUGGGAGCUUAGUGAUGAGGGUCAGGGGCCUUGCUUGGAUUUUGUUUCUUGAUGCAUAGCUGACAGAGUGGAGCCCAAGACAUGAACAUCUCUUGGGCUGCAAGGAUCCUCUGAUUUGGGGUUUGCAUAUUUUACCUCCAAUAGGAGGUUCUUUUUCCUCCGAUUGUCCCUGGAACUUUCCAUCAGUGAGUUUUUAUGCAAGGAUCUGCGUUGGGACUUCCUCCCCUCCCCUAGGAAGCUUCGUGCAAGGUUUGAAAUGGGGGAGAGAGCUGUAAGUGGAAGAGGACAAAGGCUGUUCCUAGCCCUGGCCGACAGCCUUGGGGCUCGGGCCCUCCCGUAGGCGCCCUCUGACCUCUGAAAUGACUUGCAUCCCCGGAAGUUGCAGAGAGACCUCCUAGAAACCCCUCUGGCACUCGUGAGUUCUGUAGGUUUUGGUUUCUUCUUGCCCUUGAGCGUCAGAGGGGAGCGUUUGCACUUAAAUCUGAGUGAUUGCCUCACUGCCGGUAACCCAGAGGGACAUGGCAAGCUCACCUGUGCCCUGAACCCCCCAAACGCUUCCUUUCUCUCCUGCUUCCUUACCUAUGGACUGAAGCAGCCCCUGUACCAUCACCAAGUGCCCACUUCCUCACUUUCCGAACAUGGGGCCGCCCCACCGCGGCGGGUGGGGGGGAGGCAUUUCCAACGCCUGCUGUUUUUAAGCCAUUCCAGCCCCUCCCUCGGAGUAGACCAGACACCCUUGCAGGUAGCUCAGUGCCAGUCUUCUGUGCCCUCCCAGCCCUGCUGUUAGGCCCGCUGUCCCCUUCCCUCUUGACUGAGAGGGAUGGAGGGAGGUGAGCUCCCCUGACUGGAGUGGCUGUUGGUUCAUGUUUUCGCCCCAUAUGUAUAUAUGCCAUAUGUGAAUAUGCCAUAUAUAUGUGCCAACCAAUCUAACUACUUUGUUCUUUUCAAAUUAGCACGGAGAUAGGAAUUUUGAGUUUCUUUUUUUCUUUUUUCUGUAACUAGUAUAGCAAGCACUGGUUUGUGUGUUUUGUUUUGUUUUGUUUUUUUGUAUAAAAUAAUAAAAACAAAAGAUAGGCCGCUGUGGUCUGCAUGACAUCAAUCAGCAAAUGGUGAUAUCAGAGCAAUGUGUACCCAGUGUGUGUUGCCAUAAUUUGCAGUUCGGCUUAACAGUGCACCCAAUCUGUAUUUGCAUUUUGAUAUUAUUUAAGCUCUCUGUACAAUGUUUUGCAUGUAUUUAUAUGGUUCUUAGGGGGGAAAAAAUGCUACAAACUGACAAAUCUGAAAUUCAAACAUGUUGUUCCACUGAAACAGGAAGAAAGAGUAGGAGUUUGAAAAGAUGGAAAAAAAGGGAUAACUUUUUGGAACCAAUAAAACUUGUUGCUGAUGAGCAGAACGCAGAACUGCUGUGCACUGAGAAUAAAGCCCGUGCCCACUUGUGA